AUGUGUCAUUACGAUGGAGAGAAAAGUGUUGUAGAAAUUGAAGCCACCUGCACUAAAAUCAAUAGUUUUCUCAGCACUUUUUCUAACAGUGUAUUUCAUGCACGCACAGGUUCAGAUUGUGAUGCUGAGCUGCCCCUUUUUUUCAGCCUGAGGAGGUUCCAUGAGGGAUCUUCACAGACCACCACAACCUUUCACAAAUCUGUGAAGAGAGCCCUCAAAUGUGCAGCUGCUGCCAGCACUGAUCUCCCAACUCCAAAGCCGCAGACAAUCUACCAACUGAAAGCAGUGGCCAAGGCCAAAAGACAAGAGGAAGUUACAUCUGUGUUGGCCACAGUCGAGGCAGCAAUUCGGAAAGGGAAGAGUUGUACACCCUCACCACAAGCACAAAGUGAUAUCGAAAUAUUUGUGCGAAAUCAGAUGCAAGACUUGUUCAGUUUACUGGAAUCUAUGGUGCCGCAAAUGGCUAACAUGGAUUUGGAACAUUGGAAGGAGACACUAAUGGAGCCUAGGGAUGGGCACUAUAUGCAAGCGCAUAUUUUGUAUAAUUUCUAAACUUAUUUCAAAUGGAAAAAUUUUGAUAUGUUUGGAGUCCGGGUGCAUUGCCUGACACAUUUAUAAAUCGCAUAAUGGUCGCAUAAUUGGCCAUUUACGCAUAAUGCGCAUAAUUCACGCAUUUUUCUCGCAUAAUUCACAUUUUGAACCCAAAAAGCGCAUUUUGCUGUUAUAAUUGAUUCUUGAGAUUAUUUCUUUUGGUCGGUUAUCGUGUUUUUAGAAGUUUUAAAGCAGAAACACAAGUUAAAAUUUGAAUUUUUCGCGUGGUGCAGGUUGUCAGUGGAGGAGGGUUGGCUGGUUGCGUUC